CCCAAGAAGCAGAGAGUCUUUCAAGGACCAAAGAGAAAGAGGAACCGAAAGAGGAAGAAACAAGCUUAGAAAUGCCUGAUGAACAAGAAAUAAGAGAUAUUUCACAUAAUACAGAUAACGAAAUAGAGGACACUCAGAAAGAUGCUGAACAAGCAACCACUUUCUCAGAAGCAAAACUCACAACAAGAGAUGAACUUGCAAUAGACAGCCCAUUUUUCAAGGAUAAUGACAAAGAAAAUAACUCUCCUCAUAAGAAUACAUCAUCAGAAAUUCCAAUGGAAAAAGACUUUACAACU